ACAAGCAAUUGCAACCCUGUGUUUUGAAAUACGCUACAAAUUUUAAAUAGUUUUCGUGUUUUUAUGUAUUUUUAACUAGACUCUAGCAGCAUUUCCGUUUACUUCUUUCCUUUUGCUAUACACUAGGAGACAUUUUCAAGACUUGUGACUUCCAUUUCGGUACCAACAAAUCGUCCGCCAUGGUCUCUACAUCGCUAUCUGAGCCGCGCUUCGAUAUCAAGCUGUUGUCCGGCAAGACAGUGGUCAUGGUGGAGUGUCCGGGCUACGAGACCGAGCUGUUCAUGCCACAAAUCGUCAAGGGACGCAUCACCUUCCAAAACAUCAUUCCCAACCGACGGUGCUGCCCCGAGAGCAGCAUGCUACCAAGAGAAGACAAAAGAGGAGCCGCCGCGGUAAGGGGCGCGAGGAGCACGCCCUUGCGCCUCUCUCAAACAGUUAAUCUAUCAACGCCGCUGGCCAAGAGCACGCCGUCCAGUGGGUCCACCGUGCAUUCCCGUGUCGGCAAGGAGAACAUUCCGCCGCAUCUGACGCCGGAGCUAGGGCGCUGCCGUCCCGUCCGUAUGCCAUCGCUAGAUGACUGCGAUUUGAAUUUGGACUUGGUUUGUGCUUCAUCUCCCGAGCCGCAGGUCGUGCCCGCUUGUCGCAAUCUAAAUUUGGAGGCCAGGAUCUCUCCCCUACCAGCUUGCAGCUAUAACCUAGCCACUGUACAAACCAAAGAGCCCGUGCUCUCAAGGACUCCGCCGGUACGGACCUACUCCCGCAAAAAGGCUGCUACGCCGAGCAAAACUAAGCCUACUGUCUGGUCGCCUCUGCAAAAGAAGAGAAAGACAUCCACGGUUUCCUCCACCAAAGGGCUUAGUCCGACAGUUAAAGUGGUUAUGCGCAGCCGCAAACUGAUAGUGGACAACAAGAAGACACUGGAACCCCGGGAUCUUAAGAAGAUUACGCCCAUCUCAAGGGAGAUGAUCACACGCAAACAGGUUACAGGCAAGACGCGGAACCAAUUUAAGGCACUGAAGGUCACGGCCUUCGACCUGCUGACACAGCCCGCUCUGGGGAUCAUGGGCCACGAACUGAACACACAAUUCGAGCAAGCCUGCGUGAACAAGAAGGCCACCACCCUGCCCAACUACGCGGAGGUGGCGGUCACAGAGCCGCUCAAAAUGGACUACCAGGUGAAGACCCUGUUAGCCAAGCAGAGGCGGAUGGAACGGGACGACCAGCAAAAGCCAAAAUGCGCAAUGAUGCCGAAGAGCAAGACCAAGGUUUGGAGUUUCUAGAAACCGUGAAAUCUUGAUUGUACUUAAACAGAUUAGUCCAAAUGUUUGGCAAGCCAUAGCCAUUCAAAUCAGAUACGUAUUCGUAUUAAAUGUAAGCCCAUGUCAAGUGUGGAGCAUGGUUUACUUGA